AGAUCAAAUACCCCACAAAUUACCAACAUCAAACAAAAACAAUUCCAUCAGAAAAGUAAUCAAGGGAAAAAAAAAUCUGAAGAUCCAAAUCCAAUCACCGGAAUAACCCAUUUCUCGGUCGAAAUUCCAUUUUUUCCGGCGAAUUACUUCAAAUUACAGACACCCAUUUGCCAUACUCAGAUCUUCAACCACCUUAAACAGUCAAUAUUGUAGUCAUUCAUUCAACUUUUUAGUCCCUUUCAACUUUGACUUUUAAUUGAAAUGUAUAUUCAGAUGAUAAUUAUUUAUUUGUUUUUUUUUGCACUUUCAUCUUAAUUCUUAAUCCCAGCAUUUAUAUACUGCAAAAGAUGGUGAAUUUCUUGAGAAUCACACCUCAUGUUCUACUGUAUUAUUAUUUGCUAAGACAGAAUCUCAAUUUCCAGUUCACAUAUACUUUUUCUUCAUUUGCGUAUUAAUUAAUACUACAGGAAUAUUUUUUUUGAUUAAUUUUUUUUCUCUCUAUUUUAUUUUAGUUUAAUCCAAUAAAAUUUCUAAAAGGGUACUCUACUUAAAGGAAUUUUGGACCAAAUGUUGAUUCCCAUUUCUGAAAUUUUAUAUAACUUGAAUUUAGUUUUUGUGAAUUUGUAAUUUGAAAUUCAGUUUUGAUUAUUUAAAUUGCAGAAUGAAGGUAGUUUUGGAGAAAAAAGAUGCAGGUGAUUGGUGUUACAGAGGGGAAGGAGCAAUUAAUUUAGUUCUUGCAUACUCUGGAUCAUCUCCUACCUUUAGUGGAAAAAUAAUACGGGUGCCAAAGGUCCCUAGGAAUGGGUCAAUAAAAGAGACUGAACGCUCGGUUUUGUCUGAGCAUGAAUGCAGCUUAUGGAAAGAUGUUGAAGCUAUUGUUACAUCCCCAAACAAAGAGGUCGCUGAGCAGAUGUAUGUGCAAUGUGUGAUGAUCCCACUGUUAGGAUCAGAGUUUGUUGAUCCUGGGGUAAAGAUUCUUGUAUCAAGGGAAUUUCUGGAAUUGGUUGAAAGAAAUGUUCUCUCCCAGCGCCCUGGUUGGAGAGUUAGUGCUGCCAAUGUGGAUUGCGGUGCUGAUUCUGUGCUGCUAAUGUCAGAUCAUUCAGUAUUCCCCCAAGGCACAUCUAAAGGAAAACCAUGCCUGUCCGUGGAAAUUAAGCCCAAGUGGGGAUUUCUUCCAUCUUCGAGCUUUAUAGCUGAUGAAAAUGCCAUCAAGAAGAAUGUAUCUCGUUUUAAAAUGCACCAAGUCCUUAAAUUGCAACAACAAAAGAUACAGCAAUUGAGCGAUUAUGACCCAUUGGAUUUAUUCUCUGGAUCAAGGGAGCGAAUACAUAAAGCAUUUAAGGCUCUCUUUGCAAAUCCACAGAAUAAUCUGCGGGUUUUUCUAAAUAGCUCCCUAAUAUAUGGGGGCAUGGGGGGUGGUGACCAAGGGACAGAUUUUGUUAAGGUUGAGGCAUUUGAAGAUAAUCUUAAAUCUUUCUUGCAUGGAGAAAAUGGUUUGCGUAAAAGGAAUUUUGUGCAUCUUGUAGGAGAGGCAAUACUUAAAUCCGGUGUACUAGACAGGCUACUUGAAGUCCAAAAGCUUGACAAAUUUGAUGUGGAAGGGGCAAUUCAUGCUUAUUAUGAUAUUGUUUCCCAGCCUUGCAAGAUAUGUAAAGAUUCCGGUGAAGACAGGCAAUUAGGAAAGUAUAGCUCUCUGCAUUCAAUCCCUGUAGAUGAAAGUCUGAAGAUUGUAAGGGACUACUUGAUAGCUGCAACAGCCAAGGACUGUAGUUUAAUGAUUAGUUUCCGUCCAAGGGAAGAUGAUGAUCAAGAAUCACACUAUAGGACAAUAUACCUGGAUUCAACAAAGCAAAGGUUUGAUGUCAAGGCAUUUUUUAUCGACCUUGAUAUGAAACCCUUGAAUAAUAUGGAAUACUACUAUGAGUUGGAUCAGAAGAUAGUCAACAGUUACAAGCAGAUGGUCAAAGUAGAGCGUGGUGCUGCAAAUGGGGGAACCAUUGAGGGUUUGGACGUUAAAUUUCAUAACCGAUUGUAGCUUUGCUCGGCUCAUGAUGAACUCUCGAGCAUCACUGGGAUGGAACACUAUGCCACGGAUAGCCUCAUCAGAAAACUAUAGUAUCAGUGGAUCUUCACUACUUAAAGUGCAGGCUGAAAGUGAUGAAAAUAAUCGCACUUGUAAAAGGGGAAAUUUCUAUAGUCCUGAACCCAUCCAAAAAUACAUUAAUAUUCACCGGAGAAGCUGAUCCUGUAUAUAUUGUUAAUAAGCUGAGGAAAUUCCAGAGCUCCGUCUAUAAGUCAGUGUUGGCGCUUUGAAGGAACACUAAAAAGAUGAGAAGGUAAGAGAAGAAACUAAAAUGAUGUGUAUGGGUGCUAGUUUGCUGCAUAGUUUUAGUUGCUAUUUUGCUACCCAGUGUUAAUUUUUUUCCCUGUAAACUGGAAAAAUCUGAUUCUAAUCAUCAAAUGUUACCAAAAGAGAAUGUGCAUAUAUAUUAUUUGCAACUC